AUGGGGGUUGGUGCUAUUUUGGAACCUUUGGUCGUUAUUGUUCUUCUUUUUGGUGGCACUUGGAUUAAUCGCACACUUGGGUCUUUUCCUUCCGCGCGGUCUGCUCGCCGCAAGUCUACUGAUCGAUAUCGCGGAGCUUCACCAGAUUUCCUCGAGUCGGGCCUUUCUUCGCCUACAGCUAAGGAUGGCCUCUUGAGCAGUCGAUCACUUUCCCCAACGAGUUCACUCCUCGGACAAGAGGCAUGGCGCAAGCGGUCAUUUGGAAUACUCUCUUGGACGUGGGAAGCCACAUCUCCGAACACUGCUGUGUUUCAAGAUCGCCUUCUCAGUCGCUUGCUUCGAAAAUUUCCGUUCCUGGCCGAAUGCUGGUAUUGGGCGUUGGUAUACUGGACCUACCAGCUAGGUAGAGCGUUCACGGCCGUAACCUUACAAGAAGGAACCGUUGAUGUCGCGAGAGGGCACGCGCUGAAGCUUAUUCGGAUAGAGCAGGCUCUGGGUAUAUUUUGGGAAGUCCCGAUACAGCAGCUUUUCCUCCGACACCCUCUGCUCAUGAAAUGGACCAACUGGAUAUAUUCGUUUAUUCAUAUUCCGGGGACGAUUGCAUUUCUAGUUUGGCUAUAUUACUAUACUAUCACAAGGAAUCGGUUCAAUGAAUCCCAGUCGGGGAAGCCUCGGGGGGUAAUGAGUGGCUCGCCUGCAGGACCUCUUCUCUAUCAAGCUCGUCGGCGGACACUUGCCGUGUGCAAUCUCCUUGCAUUUGUCGUCUUCACCCUGUGGCCAUGCAUGCCACCUCGCCUGUUGAGUGACGAGAGCGUGGAAGGGCCAGAAGGAAAGCUAGCGCGCAGCUAUGGCUUCGUCGACACCGUACAUGGAACCAACGGUGCUGGAAGCGUGUGGACUGAGAACCGAUUCUGCAAUCAAUAUGCUGCCAUGCCCUCUCUACACUUUGGCUAUUCACUCAUGAUUGGACUCACCAUCAUGACCAUUCCGCUUCCUGCUCACCAUCGCGUGUCGUCUCGAGUCCAAAUCGGUCCCGUUGGAAUCCAGAUUCCGUCAUGGCGUCGCUUGGCUUGUCUAUCCCUUGGUUUCGCUUAUCCUGCCAUCAUCCUGGCCGCAAUCGUCGCAACGGCAAACCAUUUCAUCCUCGAUGCGGUUGCUGGGGCACUAGUCUGUACUCUGGGCUGGAAGUUCAACGGGAUCCUGCUCAAUUUGAUUCCCUUGGAAGACUACUUCCUGUGGUUGGUGCGGAUUCACAAGCCAGAGCCAGCAGAAACGAUUGGAGAGCCGGACUCUGAUGAAUGGGACGACGAUGAUGAGUCUCGGUAUGCCUUGUUUCAUUGA